CCCUACUUCGCUGGGCUGCCAGGACUGCACAUCUGCCUCCCAAGCUAGGAGGAAGGAGCCAGCCCAGGUGGGGGUCGGGGGAGGGAAAGGAGCUCUGGUAUUUGAGUCCCUGGGCCUGGAGGAAGAGGCCAAUGCCAAGCAUCUCCACCCCGGGGGAGGCACUUUUUCCAGGGGUGGAGGAACAUUGGCCUCCUGGUUCCUCGAGCCUUCCUAGGAGGUCUGGGGUAUAGCCAGGAGUCCCAGCAUCUCAGCUAGGGGGAGGAGCUGCGAAUCCCUCGCCAUCUCCAAGAAGAGGGAGGGUACAGGGGGAGGGGGGCCUUCGGCCCGGUCCCUUUGAAGCUGGAAACCUGAGCCCCGCCCCGCUCCAGGGCACACCCCCCUGUCCCCUAGGGUCUGGCCGCAGCUCAUAAAAAUGGGGCUCCUGCAGUGAGUGGACAGCCGCGGGACGGGACGGGACAGGACGGGACGGGACGGGACCCGGGCGCACCUGAGAGUGAGGAGCGGGAUCCGAGCCCUCCGUCCCAGCCACAGCGCCCAGGCCGCCCCUCGGAUCCCGGCGCCCCGUUAGCGGAAAGAUGCGCUGUGCCCCCAGCACGGGAGCUGCGCUGGUGCUCUGCGCCGCCACGGCGGGGCUGCUGGGCGCCGCCGCCGCCGGCCGCGGCGAGGUCCGCCCCGGGCCCCCCGAGCUCCGAGGGCCCCACGCCGGGCCGGAGGCCAAGUACGCCUCGUGGGACGAGGUGAACGUGAUCGCUCACGGUCUCCUGCAGCUCGGACACGGCCUUCGGGAGCACGUGGAGCGGACGGAGCGCCAGGUGAAAGACAUCUACCGCCGCCUCCAAGCCCGGGAUCCCGCCUGCGACGACCCUCAGCGCCGCGCCUCUCUCAGCUCCGAGGGCACCCAGCCGCAGAGCCCCGACGAGAGCCGGGCGAACUUGACCGCGCAGGGCACGGACAGCCGCUGGGAGCCGAAAGCCCAAGCGAAGAGCGAGCUCCGGCCGCUGGAAGCGAAGGAUGCCCCGGCUGGGGAGAGCAGCAGUGGGGGGGCCGCCUGGAGAGCUGUGAGCAGCCUGCAGACCCAGCUUCGAGCUCAGAACAGCAGAAUUGAGGAAUUGUUUCAGAAAGUGGCCCAGCAACAACAGCACCUGGAAAAGCAGAACCUGAAUAUUCAAAGGCUGCAGAGCAAGCUCCAGGGUCUGGCUCCUUUGCAGCUGAGACAUAUGCCACUAAGGCCUAUGGGAAAGAAGAAUACCCAGAAGAUGGCCCGACACAUUCGUCCUGUCCCCAACAGCAGUGACAAGCCUAAGCUGCCCCAGGAUUGCCAUCAACUCUUUCUGGGUGGAGAACGCCAGAGUGGACUCUUCCACAUUCAGCCUCAAGGCUCCUUACCUUUCCUGGUGAACUGCAAGAUGACUCCAGAGGGUGGCUGGACAGUGAUCCAGAGACGCCUGAAUGGCUCAGUGGACUUUAACCAGCCUUGGGAGGCCUACAAGUCAGGCUUUGGAAACCCUAAUGGGGAAUUUUGGCUGGGUCUGGAGAAGGUUCAUCAUAUCACUGGAGACCGAGGAAGUCGUCUUGUUGUGCAGCUGUUAGACUGGGAGGGCAAUGCCCAGUCUGUCCAGAUCCCUUUCCACUUGGGAGGAGAGGAUACAGCCUAUAGCUUGAAGCUCACAGGGCCAGUUGCUGGAGAGCUGGGUCCAGCCACAAAAGAUGGACUAUCACUACCCUUCUCUACUUGGGAUCGUGAUCAUGACCUCAGGACAGACCUGAACUGUGCCAAGAACCUCUCUGGAGGCUGGUGGUUCAGUACUUGUGGCCAUUCCAACCUCAAUGGAAAGUAUUUUCACUCCCUUCCCCGGCAGCGGCACCAGAGGAAGCAGGGCAUCUUCUGGAAGACUUGGCGGGGACGCUACUACCCUCUACAGGCCACCACCAUGCUGAUCCAGCCCACAGAGGUUGCUGCGUCCUAGCCUUGUUGCAAAGAGCGUUGCAGGGCUAACAGAGAAGAGCCAGAGCUCAAUGGGUCAAUGACUCGUCAUAAAUGCAAAAAGAGAACUCUCUCCCUCCCUUUUCCCAACAUCCACGAUGACAAUAGGACAUUAGCCUGGGCCCCGCUCAGGACUAAAAGAGAUACUUCACUGAGGGGGAGGAAUAAGAGAGGAUGCAGGCCCAGCCUUGGACUCCAGGCCUUCCCUCUUGAAGAGACUGAUUACUCCUUUCUUCCCCUUCUUUAAUCUAUUGCCCUCUUGAGGGCAGACCUGUGGUUACCAGUGGUACUAAUGACCAGGGGCUUUCCCUCUCCUUAUCCAUCCUAUUACAUACAGGAGUUUGAUGCACAAGGGAAAGAAGGAACUGGGUCGUCUAACUUUGGGGACUGUGGGGAAGAAGCCCAGGUUCUGGGCUCAUGGCUGACUAGGAGUCUGGCUUAGAUGUCUUCAGUCAUAUUGACUGGACUGGGAUAAUGGGACCAAAAGCUGGGGGAAUCUAGGAUGGUGACCUCAGAGCGUCUCUAUUUCAAAGCCCAGCCCUGGGGGUCUAUCAAAGGUCAGGGUAAUUUAUAAAUAGCUGCCUUGUAAAAAGAUUUAUUAUCUUUUGGGUUGUGGGGUCUGGCUGGGAUUACCAGGCCCCUUCAGAUUGUUUGUAAUAAAAAGGAGGAAAGAA